UCUCGAUUCGUCUCUCCCUCUAGAGACCCGUUUCUCUUCUCUCCCUCUCAUUUCGAUUCGGCUCUCCCUCUCGAGACCCGUUUCUCCUCUCUCCCUCUCGUCUUCCUCUUUCGAGCUUUCCCACCGAAGAUUGUCGCAGCAGCUGGAUGUCCGAAAACUUGUUCUUGCUGUUUCUUGUUCGGACAAUCGAUUCGAAGUCUCUUGGUUUAAAACGCUGUUCUUGCAAUCUUGCUCGGAGAAUCCAGUGAGAGCUUUCGGAGAAAUCUAAGUGUGCACUUGAGCUUUUCUUCCCAUCAAAGGUCAAAAAGAACUCAAGAUGAGCAAAGAGCUGGAUUGGACUUUAAUCCCCAGCUUAUUCAGCGAUGAGAUGGAUAAAUAUCUCAAUGCUGUUGACUGUGUCCGUGCGCGUUCUGUCUGUAUGGCUUGGUUCGAUAGCAUAAAAGAACGCCAAAACGCCCCACUUCUGAUCCUGCUUGACAUUGAGGAUGAAGAUGGUACAAUAAAGGGUUUAUCGCUCUUUGAUCUUGUCCGCAAAGAGAUCAUCCCCAUUGGGCCCAUCAUCUCUUACGGGCUUCCGAGGUCGUACUACCUCGGUUCAUCUCAUGGCUGUAUCUUCCUAGGGAAGUACUCUCUUCGAAAAAAUGGCAAUAAAAAACUUAGUAUAAUACUCAUCAAACCUUUUUCUGAUGAAAUACUAUUGAACCUUCCAUCACUGCGUGAAAGACGAAUUGGACGUGUCUUUCUCAGCCAGCAGCCAUUCCGCCUCCCCAACGAUAACCUGGUUGUUGUUUACUACCCGCAUCAUCAAGGAAAGACAUUUUACUUUAUAUGCCCUAUGAAAGAGCAUCAGUGGCACUCAUUCAGGUUAGAUGACAGACCUGAUGAUGUGGUGAGUAUCGGGGGUCAUUUUUAUGCUAACUUUGGCAGAGUACUUUCAGAAAUUGAUCUUUGGAAUGGAAAACAUUUGGAUGUGGAUAUACUAUUACCGGGCUUGAAUCAACUCCAGUCUUCAGACCCAGCCUUUUUCUUGAGGUCAUUUGAAGACCACGAUGGGACACUAUUUCUUCUCAUCACAUCCUCUGUCAGGAAAAGCACUUUCUGUUUUACAAGCGUGAGUCCCACCCAAAUGGGUGACUAUGAUCAACAUCUCUUUGAUCCGCCAUUUCACUGGCAUAAAGACAGGUUUUUGCUGAUUCCAGAUGAGUUAACAGUAAAAUUACGAAAUGCUCGAUUUUUUUUGCAUGAUUACUAUCCAUUACACCUGCUGCUUCGGUUGUCUGCAUUUUGGCCAAUUGGAUGGAGACCGGGGGGGGUGGAUUACAUACAGUUCGAUUCUUUCUUGAUUUGUUAGCUUUGGUUUUGUAUGUUGAUCAUCAAGCUCUCCAUGUUGUUUGUUUGCUGUGAGGCUUUGAUGGAUAAACAGAUGAUUGUUACAUUCUUUGUAUCAUUUGAAGUCUCUUCUAACUUUUGUU